GACGAAAGCAGUUGGAAGCUCGAAUCUCUGCUCAAACGAGAACCUCCAUUUCAAUUGCCUCGGAGGCCGUCCACAAACAUACCCAUGGAGGCACGACACGCCGUCCAAAGCGCCCUGCGCACAGGUACAUCCUCGACACGAGUGACGGCCGCCCUCCUCGCCAUCAGGAGAACCACGCCGGCGGCAUCUUCAAUCGUCCGCCAGCAGUCCUCCUCGGCCUCAGCGGCAGGAUCGUCAGCACCCACGAAUAAAACCACCACGCAAAGGGCGGCGCCGGCCAAGUCCCAACCGUGGCCCGUCUCCGGCUCCGAUGCCGCCCCGGCCAACUGGAUCAAGCCCAAGCCAACCAUCGGCGGCCAGCCCCAGGCUAUACUCUCCAAAUUCGGCCUCCGCAACUUCAAGCUAACCACCGCUCGCUCGACCCCCGUCGGCAAUGCCUUUACCAACGAGGCCAGAAGCGCCAUGGGAAUGGCCAACCUGCCCUCGCCCCAGAGGUUCAACGUCAACAGCUUCCUUGAGAAUCACCGUAUGCGUGCCGCGGCCCAGGAAUGGAACAAGCGCCUCCGACCCGUCUUGGGCAGGACGGUCCCCACCACCCACAAUGUCGACGCCGCCAAGGCGUUUCAGCUGCUGCAGUUUCUCGUGAGGAGGAACAAUGUCGCCGGUGAUUUCCAUCGCCAGCGUUUCCAUGAGAGAGGUGGUUUGAAGAGGAAGAGACUCAAGAGCCAGAGGUGGAGGGCCAGAUUCAAGACCAGCUUUGUAUUCACUGUUAAGAGGGUUCAACAGUUGGUCAAGCAGGGUUGGUAGAAUGUCUCGUGCUACCAGGAACUUAACUUUGUAGGCUUGGCAGCACUUGGCGGCUGUUAGAGACAGACUUUCCGGUGCCGCCUACUCGAUAAACGGCUUGCCAUGUAACAUUUACCAUGUUUUAACUCAAAAGUACAUUAUAACAGCACUAUCUUUAAGCAUGUUAGUGCAACGGCGUGGAGAACCCAUCUUAACUAUCAUCAAACCUGUUACAAAAUGCAGUUCGCAUGAACCUCGACUGUUAUGCAUGUCGGCAAAGUUGACCUCGCAUACGAGCGUCUGCGGCGCUCCUUGGCAAAAGUUUCUGUCACCGGGGACGAUCAAUCCAAACAAUACAGUUCUAAUUCGCUAUCGUAAUCAUCAAGGAAUUCUAC